GCUCAUCCUUCGCGACGACUGGCCACUCUCUGGCUCGACGACCCUAGAGAUAUGGAUAUCUGUGAACCUGAAAGUAAGAGAAUUUAAGGCGUCAAAAGAUACCUCCAGAACAGGUAAAUGACUGAGUCCAUUUUUCCUAGGAGAGUUGGAAAAUGUGGCACGAGUACGACUUUUCAAAACUUGGGAACUGAGGCGAGUUCCGUUUUAGAAGGGAAAGCGAAUAGACUGAGAUGCUUAAGUACUAGUAUACUAUAAAGAUGAUAUUAGUAUAAAGAUGAUGGAACAGGAACUCAUUCUCAUUCUCAUUCUAAAAAAUGAUAACCGUGCGAGAAGUGGAGCAUAUUCUGAAGACAACCGGAUACUCACUGGAGGCUUGUGCGACAAUCUUGUCCUCCUCGUAUUGCUGCUUGAGUUAAGAAUUUGUAGUACUAGAAGCUUGUGAUUUUUAUUGCUACUGGGAAGUAGAUUUAGUAGUUAAGUUCUAUACUUAGAGAUGAUCGACGUCUGAAUCAGUAUCCUUGAGAUAUAGCACGCACGUUCUGCUUCUAGCCACUCGUUGAGCCUGCAGGGCUACUAGAUUUAGAGUUUUGAUGCAGUUCAUCUUUUUAGCUGCGUCACAAUUUUAUCUGAGUUCCGAUCAAUCAGAAUCAUUACGAGGAUAAGACACGACCAUCUAAUUCACAACAUUCUACCCUAGGAGCUAAGAAGUUAAUCUUAAUCUGUCAUGGGAGGGCGUUGCUUGUUCUAAUUCUGAUCCCGGGUAGCUGCUUGUGUAGCGCUCUGGAGGGAGAAGAGAACGCGAAGCGAACUCUCCGACUGGGAAUGCGAGUUUCGAAAAAACCGACCAGAAUACAAAUCUGUACGAGCACGAGUCCUCAGUGGUGCUGGAAAGGAUUAUCUUAAGGCUCAACUUUCAUUGGUCACUGAUGUUGGUCGCUGAGAUCGAAGAGGCGAACCCUUUAGAGAACAUGGGAAAAGGAAGUGGAGAGGUGUGGGGCCCUUCCCGUUCAGAGUCAGUGACCAAUGACUGCUGACCUUUAAUGAUCGAGAUGGCAUGCAUCAAUUACACUACGAGGACUCCCACAUCAGAGGCGAACUUGGCAGAAGCGAACGACCUAAAGGUGGGGAGCACAGAGGUGAG